AUUUUCAGUCUUCUUUGCGACACCCUCCUUUCUUCAAAAGAAGCAUUUCCAUGGCCGCCGUUGAGGCUGUACCUCCGACCACCGCUCUCCCAGAAGAAACGGCCGUAGUUAACGAGGAAGUGGCGGCACCGGAAGAGAAGGCGGAGGAAGAAGAGAGUGUUGAAGUUGAAGUAGCUGCCAAAGAGGAGGAGGAGGAGGAGGAAGAGAAGGUUGUGAUCCUGUCGGAUGAGGAGGCGGCGGAGGAGGAGUUAGAAUCAUUAUCAAUUGCAGAGGUUGCCAAAGAAGAGAACGUCGGUUCCGACGAGUCAUCGGUACCGGAAGCCGAAGCUCCGGUAGAAGAGGAGGCCAAGGAAGAAGAUGAGAAGAAGGAAGUGUCCGAGGAGAAGACAGAGUAAAGAAACGGAAAAUAUGGUAUAUUAUGUGUGGGAUUUUUGUGACGAAAUUUGUGGUUUUUAAGUUUGGAAGCCACGUGGAAUCUCUUCACACGUGGCAUCUUUCCACGUGGCAAUAAAGUGUUGGCUUUGUUUGGUUGCAUGUUACCUAUGAUAUUGGUGUGAGAUUGUAUGGUUGUC